AUGGUCAACUUCAUCCGCACCGCUGGUCUCUUGGCCCUCAUUCCCCUCGUCGCUGCUGCCCCGGCUGCCGUCGCGGAUAACGUUGAAGUCAGAGAGGCGGGGGCUGUUCCCUUUUCCUUCGAGAAGUGGGCAGACGACAUCAUCACCAACCCCAACGGCCAGCAUCCUUCGCCCGAGGAGGCUAUUGCCCUCGCCUUCAACCAGACCUCAACCGAUGGACUUGAGAAGCGCCAGGCCGAUGUCAGCUGCACCUUCAACGACCCUGCGCAUGCCGCCUCGGUCGCCGACGCCGUCUGGUGCAUCGACUUCAUCGCCCAGCGCGCCAAUGUGGCGUGCAGGGCCGUCGUCAGCGCCACAUCCUUCUGCCGACGCGGCCAGGCCCAGAUCACCGGCGUGGCAACCGGCGGCAACCCUCCAAGGGACACCUCCAGCCCCUGCGGCAACGUUGCCCGCUCGGCCGGUGCCAUUAUGGAUGCCUGCACCCGUGACGGUCUCGUCUAUGGGCAGAACAAUGCCUGGGGCAACGGCAACAUGCGGGUGCAUAUCCGCUCCCCCUACUGA